AAUGCGAUCUCAUUGACAUAGAAAACUUUGCGACUUGGUUAGAAUUGUAUCACAUUACUGACGACUGACACUGAACUUUAGGUUGUAAACUUAACUUUCUGUAAUAAUUUAACAAGUCAUUUGUAAUCGAAAGUUUCAACACUUUAAUGUGAUUCAAAUAAAUAAUACACAAGUAAAUUAUCGUGCGGAUCAUAAACAAAUUCAUGGUUUUACAAAAGGAGAAUAAUAAUAAUUUGAACUGUCGUGCUACAAGUAUGAAAAAUCAACAAAUGAAUUUGAAUCAGUUACUUGAUGUGGUGAGUCCGGAUCUGAACGGUACCGUGGAGAAAUUAGAAGGGCUCGAAUCUAAGUGCGCUGUUAAGUUGGAAGAAAAGGAACUAUGGUCCAAGUUCAAAGAAUUCACCAACGAGAUGAUAGUUACAAAGAAUGGGAGACGCAUGUUUCCCGUGUUCAAGACGAGCAUCAGCGGGUUGGAUCCCAAUUCCAUGUAUACUAUCCUACUGGACUUUGUGCAAGUGGAGAACCAUCGUUGGAAAUAUGUAAACGGUGAAUGGGUAGCCGGUGGUAAGGCUGAACCCUCAGUGCCGAACUGUGUGUACGUUCACCCAGAUUCGCCGAACUUUGGAUCUCACUGGAUGAAGGAACCCAUCUCAUUUAGUAAAGUGAAACUGACAAACAAAUUAAACGGUGGCGGACAGAUUAUGUUAAAUUCUCUACACAAGUAUGAGCCUCGUCUUCACGUUGUCAAGGUAACAGCCAAUGCCCAGAAGAAGCGAAUCAGUAGCUUUAAUUUUCCAGAAACCCAGUUCAUCGCAGUCACAGCUUAUCAGAACGAGGAGAUAACUGCAUUAAAAAUAAAACAUAAUCCAUUUGCGAAGGCGUUUUUGGAUGCUAAAGAAAGGCCAGAACAGAGAGAUUAUUUGGAAGAAAGUUUAGACAAUCAACAGAGAUCUUUCUCACACUUGACAGGAACGUGGUAUUUGCCGCCAGGUGGCGCCCUUGUACCUCCACCAGCUCAUCAGUUUCCAAACGCUUUGAACUUAUCAAAUCCACAUUGUGAUAGACUCAGCUUCCGUAAUGCCAGGCAUGCGCCAUAUUCACAUCCGUAUCAAAGACGCUCUCCUCCUAGUAGUCUAUCACGUGACAUGACUCCAAAUCUUCCAGUCCUAAACAUCGGCGAUAACUGGUCACAGUUUUCUUCAACAGCUGGAAUGCUGAAUGGAAAUGCCGUACCUUCUCAAUCUCAAUAUGGUAUGUGGAUGGGAUCUGCCAUGCCAGGAAACAUUUCGCCCAAUCAGAGCUGUUCAAUGCCGUAUCUGCGAAACGCUGGAUAUUCUAUCCCAUCAUCCACUAGUCCGACUAGCGUGUCUUCCCUUUCCGGUAGCAUGUUAUCGUCACAGACAACGUAUGACCAGUGUGAUAUUUCAAACUUUGUUCCAACACCAAGUAGAGACAUUUCGAGAAACAGUAACUGGAGUCCACUCACUCCCCCACCUAUAUGAGUUGAUUUCCGUAAAAUAAAAAGACAUACUGUGAUAAGCGAAGGACUAGCCGAGUAUUUGGUAAAAAUAGUCCUUGAACUUUGAAUAAGUUAAUAUGGCAGACGGUUAAGCCCCCUGUUGCCUAUGGGCUCAAGCCAAGGCCAUAAAUAAGUGGGAAACCCUGCUCUAUCGUGAUGCAUUGUCUCAACAUAGUGUGCACAUAAACUCAGAUGAUUCAACAUCCGGCACCGUACAAUGAAAGACUUUAUGAACUGUAUAUUGACACAUAUGUGUGUUUCGUAAGGAAAUAUGUGCUACAAUCGUGUAUUAAAGUCAUGACCAUUAUCAUAAAUGUAAAUAUGUUCUUGUUACAUACAUAUUAUUUUCCAUUUACAGGAAUUUGUGAGUAGUUGACGAAUUCUAGACAGAUAUAUUUAAAUAUGCAAUGAAAAUUGUACAUGUAAGUGCACUGGUGCAAAAUAUAUCAUGAACAGAAGACUUUAAAAAGAUAAAAAUGCCUUGCAUAUUCACAACUGUUUCAUAAGUGCGAGAACUUUUAAUUUUUGUACAGAUUUGUAAUUAAACUUGUAUAAAUGUACAUAAAAAUCAAGAACUGUUGAAUAUCAUA